AUGCGACUUUUAAAUUGUUUUUGUGUGCCUGUGAUAAUAGUGAUUUUUUCAAUUUGCCAGGUUAAAGGCAGACCCAACUUCGAGUCAAAAGAUGACCAUCUGAUGCAUUUUAUCCCAAAAAGCCACAUCAGAAAAAGAUCCAUAGAAAAUGAAGCGCCCGUAGAAAAAACUACCGAUUAUUGGAGAACGAAUGGACAAUUGGCAGUAAACGAGAGAAUUACAAGGAAACCUAAUAAAAACAUAGCCAAAAAUGUCAUCCUAUUCCUUGGCGAUGGAAUGUCGAUACCUACCAUCAGUGCUGCCAGAAUGUAUAUGGGAAAUGAAAAUAAAAAAUUACCAUUCGAUGAAUUCCCCCAUACAGGCCUUUCCAUGACUUAUUGUGUGGACUCGCAAGUGGCCGAUUCUGCCUGUUCGGCCACAGCCUAUUUGGGAGGAGUAAAGGCAAACAUAGGCACUUUGGGAGUAAACGCUAAAGUCAAAAAGGGAGACUGUCUAGGAAUGACGAACUCCAGCAACUUUGUGGACUCCAUAGCGCAGUGGUCGCAAAAAAAGGGCAAGAAAACUGGACUGGUCACCACUGCCAGGGUCACCCAUGCUUCCCCAGCAGGUUUGUAUGCCCAUUCGUCCCACAGAGAUUGGGAGGCAGACUCCAAUGUAUAUGAAUCUGAAGAAGAUCCCAAUAUUUGUCACGACAUAGCAUAUCAGUUGGUGAACAAUGCUCCAGGUAACAAUUUAAACGUUAUCUUGGGUGGAGGACGCGCCCAAUUCUUGCCCAACGAGACCAUAGAUGAGGAGGGAGUUAACGGGAAUAGAACUGAUGGGGUGAAUUUGAUACAGCAGUGGUUGGGAGAUAAAGUUAUGGUAGGAGACAAGGCGCAAUACGUGUGGAACAAGCAGCAACUGCAAGGGAUUGUGCCGGAUACUGACUACGUUUUGGGGUUAUUCUCCGAUGACCACAUGCCUUUCAAUCUGGAAAGAAACGCCACUCUAACCCCGUCGCUGGAAGAAAUGACCGAAACCGCCAUACGACUAUUGGACAACACUGAAGAAGGGUAUUUUCUCUUCGUAGAAGGCGCGAGGAUAGAUAUGGGGCACCACCAAACGCAAGCCAGGAAGGCCUUGGACGAAACGGCUGAGUUUGCGAAAGCUAUCAAGAAAGCGAUGGAUCUAACGGAUGUAGAAGACACUCUUAUAGUGGUGACGUCAGAUCAUGCUCAUACUAUGUCGUAUAGCGGGUACCCCGAGAGAGGUAACGACAUUUUGGGUUAUGCUGGGCAGGAUAUGGAUGGUUACCUUUACACCACGCUCAACUACGCUAAUGGUUUGGGAUACAACAUCAUGGAUGAUUCCGGAAAUAGACAUGACUUCGCCAAAGAUGAUCUAACUGAUAUUAACUAUAGAUACCCGGUAAUCUACCCCAUGGCCUAUGAAACCCACGGAGGUGACGACGUUGGUAUAUUCGCUAGAGGCCCAUGGUCCCAUCUCUUCACUGGGGUGAUGGAAGAAAAUGUAAUACCCCAUCUGAUGGCUUUUGCGUCCUGUGUCAGCAAUGGUAUUACAGCUUGUGAUAGCUUAAAAGAAGCACAUUAA